GAUCGGCGACUCCUCUCUCCCUGAGUGUUCACUGUUUCUGAAAUAGAAGCCCUCGCUCCUCCUCAGAGUGGGCGCGUCUCUGCACCCUGAAAGCCUCUUGGGGCAAAUCCCUGCACACAAAAUUCGGGCUCUUGCACCCACUCGCGACGCACUCAACCAGGGGCCGGGGGCGGACAGCACGCCGCACGUGACCUCCCCACCCGCGCCACCGCCCCUUCGCAAUUGGGGCGUGGUUUCGCAGGGCGGUCGACUAGCGAUUGGCUCAGGGGCGGGGCCGGGGACGCGCGCGCGGAGGAAGAGUGGCGAGGGCGGGGCCCAGUGGGCCGGAGCCGGCUGCAAUUGGCCGGGGCAUGUCUGGGCGUGGCCGAGGGCGGUGGGCCGCGGGCGGAGCCGGAGGGUACGGGAUUCGCUGCUGCCUGCGGUACACCUGAAGGUGGUCGCCCGGGUCCUCGAAGCUGCAAGCUCCGUGGUCCCCACCGCCAUGAGCCGCUUCAAGGUGUCCAAGUUCCGGCACACGGAGGCCCGGCCGCCCCGCCGUGAGGCCUGGAUCAGUGACAUUCGAGCAGGAACCACCCCCUCUUGUGGGAACCAUAUAAAAUCCAGCUGCAGCUUGAUUGUCUUCAACUCCGACCGUCCAGGUGUGGUGGGCAUCGUGCCUCUGGAAGGCCGGGGAGAAGACAAGAGACAUGUGACUCACCUGGGAUGCCAUUCAGACCUGGUCACAGACUUGGACUUCUCUCCCUUUGAUGACUUCCUCCUGGCCACGGGCUCAGCUGACAGGACGGUGAAACUAUGGCGACUGCCAGCCUCUGGCCAGGAGCUGCCUCCAGGGCCUGGGCUGGUGCUGGGCCCUGAGGACACCCAGGUGGAGGUGUUGCAGUUCCACCCCACUGUGGACGGCAUCCUGGUGAGCGCAGCAGGCAUGGCCGUGAAGGUCUGGGACGUGGCCAAGCAGCAGCCCCUCACAGAGCUGGCAGCCCACAGGGACCUGGUGCAGGGCGCUGUCUGGAGCCGGGACGGAGCCCUGGUGGGCACGACAUGCAAGGACAAGCAGCUGCGGAUCUAUGACCCCAGAGCAAAGCCUGAGGCCUCACAGAGCACACAGGCCCACGAGAACAGCAAGGAUGGCCGGCUGGCAUGGACAGGCACCCAGGAGCACCUUGUGUCCACCGGAUUCAACCAGAUGCGUGAGCAUGAAGUGAAGCUGUGGGACAUCAGGCACUUCUCCAACGCCCUCACUUCCCUCACCCUGGACACCUCACCUGGGUCUCUGAUGCCUCUGCUGGACCCGGACUCCGGGCUCCUGGUCCUGGCAGGAACGGGUGAGAGUCAGCUGUACUGCUACGAGGUGGCCCCCCAACAGCCGGCUCUAAGCCCAGUGACCCAGUGCCUCCUGGAGAGUGUGCUGCGGGGAGCUGCCCUUGUGCCCCGGAGGGCACUGGCUGUCAUGGGCUGCGAGGUGCUCCGAGUCCUUCAGCUGAGUGACACAGCUAUCCUGCCCAUCAGCUACCAUGUGCCCCGAAAGGCUGUGGAGUUCCACGAGGACCUGUUCCCGGACACCGCAGGCUGUGUGCCUGCCUCCGCACCCCACGCCUGGUGGGCUGGGAGCAACCAGCAGGUGCAGAGGGUCAGCCUAAACCCAGCCCGCCGGCCCCUCCCCAGCUUCACUUCCUGCCUGGUGCCCCCUGUGGAGCCCUCCCCUGACUUGGCCCAGCCUGAGGAGCCGCCUGUGGGGGACGAGGACCCCAGUGAGGGCUUCUCUUCCCCUCCCAGCUCGCUGAUCUCACCUUCCACGCCCUCCAGCCUGGGGCCCUCGCUCUCCAGCACCAGUGGCAUCGGCACCAGCCCCAGCCAGAGGUCACUGCAGAGCCUACUGGGCCCCAGUUCCAAGUUCCGUCACGCUCAGGGCACCGUCCUGCACCGAGACAGCCACAUCACCAACCUCAAGGGGCUCAACCUCACCACGCCCGGGGAGAGCGACGGCUUCUGUGCCAACCGGCUGCGUGUGGCUGUACCCCUGCUCAGCAGCGGUGGGCAGGUGGCUGUGCUCGAGCUGCAGAAGCCCGGCCGCCUACCUGACACAGCGCUGCCCACGCUGCAGAAUGGGACAGCCGUGACUGAUCUUGCCUGGGACCCCUUUGACCCCCACCGCCUGGCUGUGGCCGGUGAGGAUGCCAGAAUCCGACUGUGGCGGGUGCCCCCCGAGGGCCUGGAGGAGGUGCUCACGACACCCGAGGCUGUGCUCACAGGCCACACAGAGAAGAUCUAUUCUCUGCGCUUCCACCCGCUGGCAGCCGAUGUGCUGGCCUCUUCUUCCUACGACCUUACCAUUCGGGUCUGGGACCUUCAGGCUGGAGUCGAGCGGCUGAGGCUGCAGGGCCACGGGGACCAGAUCUUUGGCCUGGCCUGGAGUCCCAACGGGCAGCAGUUGGCCACUGUCUGCAAGGAUGGACGCUUGCGGGUCUACGAGCCCCGGAGUGACCCUAAGCCCCUUCAGGAAGGCCUAGGACCUGAGGGGGCCCGUGGAGCCCGCAUUGUCUGGGUGUGUGGUGGUCACUGUCUGCUGGUGUCUGGCUUUGACAGCCGAAGUGAGCGCCAGCUACUUCUGUACUCGUCCAAGGCCCUGGCCAGUGGCCCCUUGGCAGUGCUGGGGCUGGACGUGGCUCCUUCUACCCUGCUGCCCAGCUACGACCCGGAUACUGGCCUGGUGCUACUGACAGGCAAGGGCGAUACCCGUGUCUUCCUGUAUGAGCUGCUCCCCGAGGCCCCUUUCUUCCUGGAAUGCAAUAGCUUCACAUCAUCGGACCCCCACAAGGGCUUCGUCCUCCUGCCUAAGACAGAGUGUGACGUGCGUGAAGUGGAGUUUGCCCGCUGCCUGCGGCUUCGCCAGAGCUCCCUGGAACCUGUCGCUUUCCGUUUGCCCCGAGUCAAGAAAGAGUUCUUCCAGGAUGAUGUGUUCCCAGACACGGCCGUGAGCUGGGAGCCAGUGCUCAGUGCCAGGGCCUGGCUGGGAGGGGCAGAUGGGCAGCCCCGGCUUCUUAGCCUCCAGCCCCCUGGCAUGACCCCAGUGAGCCAGGCCCCCCGUGAAGUCCCUGCCCGGCGGGCCCCAUCCUCAGCACUCUACCUGGAAGAGAAGUCAGACCAACAAAAGAAGGAAGAGCUGCUGAAUGCCAUGGUGGCAAAGCUGGGGAACCGGGAGGACCCGCUCCCCCAGGACUCCUUCGAAGGUGUGGACGAAGACGAGUGGGACUAGCCUGCCCACCAGCCACCUCUGGCUUUACCUGCCGCUGCCACCUUCUCGAACCACCUAGUGCCCCUGCACACCUCAUAUCCUCCCUCAAACUGGAAGGCACCUCUUGGCCCUGACACACCUCAUCCAAGAUGCUCUGGCUUCCUUUUGGCUUUGGGCGCUUCCAUGCCCUGUGAGCCCUGCUGCAACACUCGUGGACUGUCUGCACCUCUGCUUUCUCUGGAACCACCUGCUUCUCCUCCGCUGCCUGCUAGCAUGUGGAGCCAGGGGCAUGGGAUGGGAUAAGGGUGGAGGGUCAGUAGCAUGGCCCUGGGCAGGCCCUGGGUCCCUGGCUCCUUACUCUGGCCUGGGCUGGUCCCAGCGUGGGCUGCCUUUGCCCAGCACCUUCAGUUAUCACAUGCCACCUCAUCUUGCCUGCUGCCCCAAUACCGGUCAACGGCCUGGGGGCUGGCCCCCUGCCAGGCUGUUUGGAGCAGCACCAGCCUCAGGGGCCUGGGACCAGUCAUUCUGCUCCCCAGGCAUGAAGCCAGGAGAAGGGGACAUCACAGGCUGAUGGCCCGAUGAAGGGGCGGUGAGCCCUGCAGGGACUGGCUUGCACAUGCCUGUGAUAUUUUCAGCAAUUAAAGUUUUCUAAGCUGGCCACCUCUUGUAUUGCUGUGGU